AUGUGCACUGUGACUCGAUCCAAGCUCGACUACAUAACAUUCUUCGUCCAGCUACUGACCCUCCAUGUCAUUUUCCCAAGUCUUCUUUUGCCGGCCCUAGACUUGCUGGAUCGCGGGCUGGUCACCCGUCUCAUCGUAGGCAGCACAUCGCACACUGCGACUUCUCACGCAAGUCACGCCCUUCAACAUGGCGAAACUGAACUUGGACAAGGUCAGUACACAGAUCGAGACCUAAGCCGUCAGCAGGGAACGGGCUUCAGUAAAGAUCGGAUAUGCAUGUACAGUGUUCAGUCUGCUGCUUCGGCUGCAUCUCGGGGCAGGCGGCGACACACGUCGCACGCGUCGAAAUCAUACGCAGUGCAUAUUGAUGCGCUGAGCUGCAAUUGCGGUGCUUUUGCCCUGGAUGCAUAUUCCAACUACGAUAUGACAGGCAGUACUGAGCAGCUCCAGGAGCCUAGAAUAUCAUCUGGAGAGUUUGGCAGCCUGGUGAUGGACGCUCGGCUGGGUUUGCAGGAGGAUUUUCCCUGUUGUAAGCACCUUCUCGCAUGCCUGUUGGCCGAGAAAUGGAGAGGAACCCCGAGAGGCCAUGUUGAGGACAAAUAUAUAACAAAAGAAGAGUUGGCUGCCAUAAUUGGAGGCCUCUAG